UUCCUUCCGAACAGAGGAUUUUUUCACAUCUCUUCCGACUCCGGGCUUCUCCGUUUCUCCUCCGUCGCCGACGAUAUCGUUUCUUUCAAUCCGUCUCUCUACGGCAUGACGAUCGAGAGCUACAUAUCGGAUUGGAAUCUGCCGCGAGCCGAACUCCGUCGCUGUCCCGGGAAACGACAGCGAAGCAGUUCAGAAGCAAACCUCCCUCCUACGAUGAUCGGCGAACUCGGAAGCGAUCUCCUAGAAGAGAUCCUGAUUCGCCUCCCCGACCCAAGAUCCAGCAGCCGGUGCAAACUCGUCUGCAAGCGGUGGGGCUCCAUGAUCUCCAGUCCGCGCUUCAACCGCCGAUUCGUUUCUCACCACCAGGCAAGGAAUCCGAGCCACCCACCCAUGCCGGCCGAUCCAUACGAACUGGUAGAAAUCAUCCUGAGCUUUCUCCCUCCCGUGCCUGGUAGAGUUCGACGCUAUCUUAGAGUGUUAGAUUGCAACAAGGACUUGGUUUUAUGUGGGUUCUGGGAUUUAGAUUGCGACGAUGGGGAACUUAGCAGAUUGUACUUGGUUUGCAAUCCAUUCACAAAGCAGUGGAUCGCUCUUCCUUUAGCGCCUAGCAAGCAGUCGCAGUAUGAGUCAGCGGCUGCAAGGUUAGUUUGUGAACCCCGGAUUAAGCUUGAUCUAGGAGAUGGCCAAGCAUCUUUUGAUUUUGGUUGUCGCUUCAGGGUGGUGUGUAUUUAUCAAGUCAUGCGACCAAGCAAGGCUGUAAAGCUCGACGUGUUUUGUUCGGAGUCUGGUGAAUGGAUCAAGGAAGCUCUUGUCUGCCCUGAUCAUUUUGGAACUGUAUUAAGAACGAUUUCGUGCAACGGGGAGAUGUUCUGGCAGUGCAUUGUUGCGCAUGGCGGGUCUAGUGUUAUGGUGGCUGCUUGUAAUCCUUUUCGCCUUGAUCUGCCUCCCACUUUGAUUGAUGCUUCUGCAUUCCUUGAGAAACCACGUUGGUAUAUUUCCGGCUCGCAAGGUGUGUUGCACGUAAUUGCAAUUGAAAUUGAAGACCGCACUACUCUAGCUGUUCGUUCAAGCAUCUGGAGGCUGGAGGACAACCGUAAAUCUUGGACGAAACAAUGUGAGUGGUUGGUCAACAAGAGUGCAAAGUGUCGUGACUAUGGAGCUUACGGCUGUUAUCAACCUUCACUGCAUCCUCAUAACCCAGAAAUUGUUUUCUUCAAUCCGUUUCAUUAUUAUGAUGUCAAUGUUAUAUUGUGCUGCAAUUUGAGAAGGGAAGAGCUAGAGUUCAUUGCUGAAGUAGAUGGGUCGGAUAAUGUCUGUCGCCUUCAGGUGUUCGAGCCAAGGUCUUCUUGCUGGGCUACUCCAAUUCCAAGGUAUGAGAAGUUGCAAGGCAUGCACGAUAUAAGCUACGACUUUUGGGUUCAGAUCAGCAGGGAAGCAAAAACUCCCUCCCUCUCUCCCUUCACCAAUAAAUAGCAUGAAGGAUAUUAUGAAAGCAUCCUUACCUUCUACUGUCUCCAACAUACAUAAAUUGCACAGAACAACGGCAACGGCAGCUUUGGAGGUGCAAUGGCAAUAUUUGGACCUUCGCAAAAUGGUUAUGAAGACAUAGGGAAGCAUCGAGCACUUGUCAGUUAGUUUCUUGGCGAUCGAUGACCCAGAUUGUGAAGCGGGACGAGCAGGGAUUCCGAAUUUCCUCUGCGCUGUUUCUGAAGGAAUUUGACCUCUUCUAAUGCUAAUCUGCAGCACGGAGAAAAGACGCAUCAGGCAAGAACCCUAUUGACUGGUGGAAGGAGGAAAAAUUAGAGGGCGGAAAGAGAAAAAUACCUGCGUUCUUCUUCGUCGUAUGAUAAGCUGGAGUUGGGAUCGUUAGUUUGUGGGUCUCCGGCUUCAUCGUCUUCUGGGAAAGUCUUCUUCCUGAAGUUCUUUUUUUUUUAUUGCUCUGCAUCUUUAUGCUUAACGGAAGCGCAAUGGGCAACGCCGGAAUGUGCUUCGGCUACAGGCUUCGGCGUUUCCGACCGGUUGUGUGUGUCUGUCGAGUGUCCGCGCAGAUGAAAACCCAGUAUAGAGGGAGAUUGACGGGGUGGAAAGUUCCAAACUGAUCACCAAACUUAUCAAUAUAUGACAAAUUGGAUAUCAAACUUUCGCAUAAGACCAUUUAAGU